AUGUCCCGAAGCAUGCUCCCCCUCCGCCCCUUGCGAGCCGGCCCCCUCCGCCUCCGCCUCCGUGCCAGCCUCCACACCACCCCCCGUCUCGCCCGCCCCACAAAGUCCCCCGCCGUCCCCGCUGAGAGCGAUGCCCAGGAAGACGACCCCAAACAAGGCGGCGAAGGCUUCUUCGGUACUCUGAUCUACGGCAGCAAAGAAGCCAAAGCCGAAGGGCUCGUCGCGGGCGAGGGUGACCCCGCGCACCACCCCCACUCCGCCCUCGUCGGCCGCAACAAAUACAUCCACGAAAAGAUCACCCACUCCGUCCCCCCCUCCUCCCGCGAUGCUUACCUCUCCGCCGCGGAGAAGUAUUACAAAGCUUUGAUUGGCAGGGGCGCGGCGUUGGGCGGGAUCAAGGUGAUGGGUAGUUGGGAGAAUAUCGUGGGGGAUGUGGGGUGCUUUACGCAUAUCCUGGAACAUGAGGGGUACAAAGGUUACGACCAAAGCUUGCGCGGUCUCCGCCACGACCCCGAACUCUCACAACUCCAAUCCGACAUGCUCGCCCACAUAACAUCCCGCCAACACCAGCUCGUCUCUGAAUUCUCCUUCUGGCCCUCCUCCCCGCCCCACUCCUCCGGCUACCCCGACGGCGGCAUCUUCGAAAUGCGCUCAUACUUGCUCAAACCCGGGAGUUUGUUGGAUUGGGAGUAUGCGUGGAGGCAGGGGUUGGAGGCGAGGAAGAAGUUUGUCGUGCCCGUGGGAGCAUUCUUCUCCCAAGCAGGUCUUCUCCACGAAGUCCACCACAUCUGGCAAUACCCCGAUAUGGAAACCCGCAAACGCACUCGAGACCAAGCAUGGACCGUCGGAAGCUGGAGUAACACCGUUAAAGAUACGGUAAAGCUCGCCUAUCAGAUGCGUUCACAGAUCAUGGUACCCACACCUUUCAGCCCCAUCCGAUAA